UUUCUCUCUCUCUUCCUCUCUCCCCUCCCUCUCUCUCUUUCAACCUCUAUCUGUAUGUCAAUAUCAUAAUUUCUCUUUCCAACCUCUCAUUCGUUCUUACCUCUAUUUAUAUCUCUUUUUCUCCAUUCCUCCUCUCUCCCUCCUUUCUCUCCAUCCCUCUUUCUCUCUCCACUGCAGGACUACCGGGAGGAUGGCAUGGACUUGGGGAGCGACGCCUCCAGUCGCUCCAGCUCCGAGUCCAACUCCAACAAGGUGACACCCUGUUCUCCCUCCUUAGACCUGGCAUGCCUGGAGGACUACAAGUCCUCCCCAUCCCCGGAACUGGCAACCCUGGAUGACUACAAAUCCUCCCCAUCUUUGGAACUGGCAACCUUAGAAGGGGACUACAAAUCCUCUCCCUCCCUGGAUCUGGCAACCCUGGAGGAUGAGGACUAUGAGGGGGAUGAGGACUACCAGGAGUACAAGAAGAAGGUGAUUGAGGAGUGGAAGAGCGAGUACGGGGACGACUACAGCUCCCAGCAGUCCCCUGGCCAGGAGGAGGGUGGGGUUGUGGUUGGUGCGCCAGGCGGAGGCUUCAGGAAGCCAGUGAACAGCCGCAGUCUGGCUGAGGAGUUCCAGGAUGUGAAGCCUCCACCCCUUCCUACUCACAGUGGACACACAGCCACCUUCGCUGCUGCCGUGCCUGAGGAACUGAAACAGAAUGGCAACCUGAUCCUGCCCCACUCCCCUACCAGGCCCCUACCCAGGGGCACGGGGGCCACCAAGCCCAGCCACAGGCGCUCCAGCCGGGUCAGAGGCGGCGUUGGAGGAGGGGGUGUUGGUGGAGGAGGGGGAAUAGGAGGACGGAUGGGGGGAUACAGAGAGGAGGAGAUUGUGGAGGAAGAGUCUCUGCCCACCAUGGACUGGGCAGCUCUGGAGAGACACCUGGCGGGGCUGCAGAGCAGAGAGCAGGAGAACCAGAACCUCAAUCACAACCACAGCCUGGGAAAGACCGCCUACACCUCAGCCCAAAAGAAUGAGAGGGAGUCCAUCCGGCAGAAGCUGGCCCUGGGUAGUUUCUUUGACGAUGGGCCGGGUAUCUAUACCAGCUGCAGCAAGAGUGGCAAGCCCAGUCUGUCCUCACGGCUGCAGAGUGGGAUGAACCUGCAGAUCUGUUUUGUCAACGACAGCGGCAGCGACAAGGACAGCGAUGCAGACGACAGCAAGACAGAGACCAGUCUGGACACACCGCUGUCCCCCAUGUCGAAGCAAAGUUCGUCCUACUCUGACCGGGACACUACGGAGGAAGACAGUGAGUCUCUGGAGGACAUGGACUUCCUGAGCAGACAGAAGAAGUUGCAGGCCGAGGCUAAGCUAGCCCUGGCGAUGGCCAAACCCAUGGCCAAGAUGCAGGUGGAGGUGGAAAAACAGAACCGCAAAAAGUCCCCUGUGGCAGACCUGCUGCCCCACUUGCCCCACAUCAAUGAGUGUCUGAUGAAGAGGAGCCUGAAGACUACAGACCUGAGGGACAUGACCCUGGGACAACUACAGGUUAUAGUCAACGACCUGCACUCCCAGAUAGAGAGUCUGAAUGAGGAGCUGGUGCAGCUGCUGCUGAUCAGGGAUGAACUGCACAUGGAGCAGGAUGCCAUGCUGGUGGACAUAGAGGACCUGACUAGGCAUGCUGAGAGCCAGCAGAAACACAUGGCUGAGAAGACACCAUCCAAAUGAGACACCCCACCCAACCUCGCCCCCUUCCCAUCCCUUUACUCCACCCCUGCCCCACUUUGGUCCCCAUGCCCUGCCCCAUGUCUCUCGCUGCACCCCCUCUGCCUGCCCCUCUCACCCUCACCCAUGGUGGCAGCAGCCAGAGGAAGGCCACCCUUUCAUUUGCUUCUGUGGUUGUCCCAGCGCUAAAGACAGAGCAUUUCCUGCUUCCUGGGAGAAGAGGAAACUGAUUGUGUGUUGUCAUGGAUACUGUCCCCGGCUUCCUGUGCAGUGAUCGGCCUUGCUUCGCUAUUGUUUAUUUUUAACUUUUUACAUUCGCCACUAAAUUAUAACUGUCAAUACAAAAUGGUGGAGAAAAAAAAUAAUAAUAGUGAGAAAUUAGUAGAAAGUCAGUAAAAAAAAAGUAAGAAGAAAAAAACAUUGUAUAAAACUACGAAGACUAAUUUCAAACCAUUUUAAGUUGGAAAGUAAUUUUUAAGUAUUUCAAAGUUGACCUCUUUUUAUUCUGCACAAAUGGUAGUUUUCAACUGAGAAAUGUUUAUUUGAAGGUGCUUAAAGAGUGUAAAGGAAACAUGCCUGCCUUGUAGUGGAGUUGUAGCUUUUGGUAAUACGCUCACUCUGAUCGGUCUUCAACAUUUUGUGAAUGUUGAUUUUCUGACACUUUAAAUGAAAUGAAUAAAUGUGUUAAUAUCAUUUUCAUCCUAUUGUAUUCAGAAUUUUUAUUUGAGGGAAGAAAUGUUUAUGUACAGAUAUGUAAAAUAAAAA